UAAUAUUAUUUAUUAAUCGCAUUACAAAAGUUUUCGCAAUAUUUGAUGUACUGUUUCGCAUCUAUCUAAUAUUAUAAUUACUACGUAUUUUAUAUAAAGGAUCCACUGACCAACUGCCGAAUUAUCGAACAAUAGCAUUACGCAUUUUUGUAGAGAUUCAUUGAAUUGUAUGUUUCCGUUCGUUUAUUGUUAAUUGUUUGCGUUUCUGUGUAGUGUAUCAGUUAUCACAAUAAUUUACGUAUUUGUUUACCCCGAGCAAUUUUUUUUUGGCGACUUGAAUCAAACUGGUUAAUUUCAAUCUCAUACUCAGCACAUAUGUACAUCUAGUCAUCAAAUUGAAAGUUGUAUCCGCACAAAUACUACCAUGCAAAACGUUAUCAACAGCGUGAAGGGCACUGCGUUAGGGUUUGCCGGAUUUUUGACUCCAGUCUUGAAGGAAUCAAAAUUUAAAGAAACUGGUGUAGUGACUCCACAUGAGUUUAUUAUUGCUGGUGACCACUUGGUUCAUACAUGUCCAACAUGGGAAUGGGCUUGUGGUGAUGAGUGCAAGACUAAAUCUUAUUUACCAAAAAACAAACAAUAUUUAAUUACAAGAAAUGUUCCAUGUGUACGCCGAUGUAAACAAAUUGAGAACUGCGAAGUUCAAGAAAAUAUUGUGGAAUCUGAAGAUGGAAAUGAAGGAUGGGUUGAGACACAUCAUUUUGAUUGUGUACUCUCAUCUUUGAGUGAAAAAAUAUCUGAAAUAUCAUUAGAAGUAAACCUGAACAAUGUAAAUGUUACAAGUCUUAACAAGGAUAAUAAUGCUUUAAACAGUGCAACUAAUGAAAACUUAAAUGUAAGAAAUAUUAAUGAUUGUACGGAUGAUAAUGAUGACGAAAAUGACGAGGAAGAAGGCGAUGCUGUAGAUAUGGAUGCAUUUGUAGAAAGUGGUUUGCUUGAAGACGAUUCGGUGACUAUUUAUCCAAAACAUACAAAAAAUAAAAAGUUAUCAAACUCAUCGGUUGAUGAAAUAUUAAAAACCAGAACAUACGAUUUACAUAUUACUUAUGACAAAUUCUACCAAACUCCAAGACUGUGGCUUUAUGGUUAUAAUGAAAAUCAAGGACCAUUAAGUGUUGAAGAAAUGUAUGAAGAUGUAAGUCAAGAUUAUGCAAAGAAAACUGUUACCAUGGAAUCACACCCACAUGUUCCAGGUCCUUCUAUGGCUUCAAUACAUCCCUGCAAGCAUGCAGAUAUUAUGAAAAAGCUAAUCCAAAUGGUGACUGACGGUGGGGGAGAUUUAGGAGUACACAUGUACUUAAUUAUAUUUUUGAAAUUUGUUCAAUCAGUCAUACCGACUAUAGAUUAUGAUUACACUCAAAAUAUUAAUUUAUAGUUAGAGUUAAGUUGUUCAAUUAAUAUGAUUCUAUGAAACUAUCAGAGUAUAAAAUUUAUUUUAAAUCAAAAUUAAUUCUAUACAAACAAUUAAUUGAUAAUUGAUCCAAUUAAAAUUA